UCAUCAUAUUUACGGUUUGAUGUUUGUUUAUAGGCGUGUGAGCUAGCUUGGAAUGGCUGUCUUCGCUCGGCGCCGGUUUUUAGCGUCGCGGCAAGCUGCACGGUUUUGUUUGCACGCAUCGGCGUGCAGGCCAGCUCCUGCUCCCUCGUGAUGUAUUUUUACAGGAAGCCCCCCAGGAACACCCCUGUCCAUAGCAUACCUCUGCGCUACCUCUUCGCCAGUGGGGCGGCAGGGCAGGCGGCGGGGCAGGCGGAGGCGGCGGGGCAGGCAGAGGCGGGGCCCCGGGGCGCGGUGCACGUGCUGUGGCACUACCACUUCUCCGCCUUCCGCCGAAAGCGCUGGGCUGCGUUCAUCCAGCGCGACCGCGCGCUCCACCGCGUCGCCAAGCAGCUCACGGGCGGCAGGCCCAAGGAGGAGGUGGUGGUGGGGUGGGGUUCGUGGGCCUUCCAGGGAGGGAAGGGCGGCUCCCCCAUCUCCGUCAGGGGCGGGCGCGCGCCGACGGGGCGGCUCAUCAAGCUGCUCCGUGAGCGCUACGCCAAGCAUGUGUUCAUCAUCGAUGAAUACAAGACCUCCAAGACCUGCUACAACUGCGGGUGUCAGGAGAUGGCCAUCAAGCGGCUUGGGGGGCUGAAGGAGGGGCAGCGGCCCUGGUCGGUCAAACUCUGCAACGACUGAUGCUUGACGACCUGGAACCGCGACGUCUCCGCCGCCAACGUGAUCCGUGUGCUCCUCCUGCUGAAGCUGAUGUAUGGGCUUCGAGCGGCCGACCAAGCUGCAGCGGCCGCCAUGGCCGCCGCCGGCGGCGGGGCCAGGCUGAGAGCCUGAACGGCGCUAGCAGGGCGUGGGGCUGAGGGUGCACGUGUCGAUUGGCGGCGAGUGACGUGACUAGUUUGUUAGCUGCGGGUUAGCACGGACUGUGCACCCCACCCAACCGGCCACGUCCGGAUUUGCGGGGAUGCCAAAGGCCCCCAACAUAGAGGCGUGUGCUUAGUAGGCGCCCGCGUCAAGGUGGCUGGGUUGAUAACGACCCGGGAUCAGCCCUUUUCCUGCCUCCCUAAGGCAGCCACCUCCUUGUUACAGGAAUUGUCAGUAAUUGAUAUCCACCUUGAGCUCUCGUGUACGUCGCACUUUACCCCGGGUAUGGCCAGGCUGUGCAAGGGGCAAGAAAGCUCAGAAUCCCACCCCAUGCUCGAAAU